AUGACGGGACACGGGUGUAAAGUGUCGCUGUGUGGUUGUGUUUUCCGACAGGGAGACUUCACGUGGAGCAGCCUGUCAGGCCGGAGCGUCCGCCUCGCCCCCGUCUGCAUCCAGAGCCUGUCGGAGCUGGAACGGGCCCGCCUCCAGGAAGUAGCCUACACCCGUCUGCUCCAAGACUAUGACCUGAGCUGCCAAAUCACCAUGCCUAAAGGAAAACACAUCCAGCGGAAGUAUCGGCUCACGUCUCCUGAAGGCAUCUCCGGCGCAUCAGCCUCAUCCAGCCAGUCCAAACUCCGAUCCCUGUGUAACCUGGUCCGACUCAGUCCAAACUACAGCUGGACAAUCAGAGUUCAAAGACACAUAAGAACGACUCAGAGAAAAUGGGAACUCUUCAGCGGCAGACGCACACACGGAGCUCAUGGCGUGAUUACAGCCUGCGUGGCGUUGGAGCAGCACUUGUCCUGUUCCCGGCAACAAGGGCCCGACCUUCAGCGGCGCGUGCGAGUCUCAGGGGCCUCGCCGGGGGACUCCUCCAGGGGCCCCGCACUCAUCUCCACACGGCCUGAUGAAGAGGAGGGCGCACAUCCUCCACAUCCACCCCACAGAGGACCCCCGGCUCCCACAUCUGGCCCGACCGAGGUGCACUUGUCCUGGAUCAGUCCAUCCAUCAGGCAGGUGUCUCGGAGCGUUCGGGAGGUCCCUGAACGCACCGCGGAGGCCGAGCUAAGACCAUCCAUCAGGGACAACCAGAGCCUGCUACCACCGGGACCAGGUGAGAAGUACUGUCUGCUCUGA